CAGCAGAAUCUGCUGUCUCUAAACCUGCUAUCUCAAAAUCUGCUUAAAAUUCUGAGAAAACUGAGAAGAAUAUUACUCAGAUCUCUGUUCAUAGAAAAGAAGAGAAAAAAAUACAAAAAGAGAAAAACUUUCAAAUCUCCAGAAAUAAAAGACUUAUUCUCAAAGUUUCAAAUCAGAGAGAUUUUGCAGAAAAACAAGGUAAACUUUAAUCUCAUUUUCAGAAUUAGAAAUGAAAUUAAUCAGCAGUUCUUUUCUCAGUUAAUAAGUGAUAUUAAA